AUGGCACCAAAGAAGGUUACUAUUAUCGGAUCGGGAAACUGGGGAUCGGCUAUUGCCCGAAUCGUCGGCUCAACAACCAAAGCUUAUCCGGACCUGUUCGACCCGGAAGUCCGCAUGUGGGUUUUCGAGGAAAUUGUGAACGGCGAGAAAUUGUCGGAGGUUAUCAACACACGCCAUGAGAACAUCAAGUACUUGCCGGGAAAAAUUCUGCCCACCAAUGUGGUGGCGGUGACUGAUUUGGUCGAGUCUUGCGCUGGAUCCAACAUUCUUGUGUUCGUCGUCCCACAUCAAUUUGUUAAAGGAAUCUGCGAAAAAUUGAUUGGAAAAAUUCCAUCUGACUCUCAAGCGAUUUCCCUUAUCAAAGGAAUAGCUUUCGAUGCGGCUCAACUUGAGGGAGUCUCGACACAGAAGAAGGGCGGAUUGAAACUGAUUUCGGAGGAGAUUCGUGAUAUUCUGAAGAUUGAGGUCAGCGUGCUGAUGGGUGCGAAUUUGGCGCCGGAAGUGGCGAACGACAACUUUUGCGAGGCGACCAUUGGAAGCAAGAGAAAGGCGCAAGACGGACCAUUGUUGAAGAAGUUGUUCCACACGGAGAACUUCCGAAUUAAUGUAGUCGAAGACGCGCACACCGUGGAAUUGUGUGGAGCUCUCAAGAAUAUUGUUGCUUGCGCUGCUGGAUUCACCGACGGUCUCGGAUAUGGCGACAACACCAAGGCUGCUGUGAUUCGUCUUGGUUUGAUGGAGACCACCAAAUUUGUUGAGCACUACUAUCCGGGAUCGAACCUUCAGACGUUCUUCGAGUCUUGCGGAAUUGCUGAUUUGAUUACCACUUGCUACGGUGGAAGAAACCGCAAGGUUUGCGAAGCCUUUGUAAAGACUGGAAAACCGAUGGAUGUCAUUGAGAAGGAGCUUUUGAACGGACAAAGCGCUCAAGGACCAUUGACCGCCGAAGAAGUUUACUUGAUGACACAGAAGACUGGUGUUGAUAGCAAGUUUCCGCUCUUCACCGCCGUCCACAAAAUCUGCAAAGGGGAGAUGAAGCCGGCCGAGCUCAUCGAUUGCCUCAGAAACCAUCCCGAACACUUGUAA